AUGUCUCUUGACCGGUAUGCUGGGCCGCAGGAUCUGGAGAACCGCAGAAGCUUCGUAAGACAGAACAUCAGGAAUCAGAAAGCUCUCUUGGCCACCGCUGUGCUAACCAUCAAGACGGUGAAGAGUCUCGUAGUGUCCAAUUCAAGGACUCUAGUCGACACACUAUACCCGGAUCGUGACACCAUCAUCCAAGUAUCCGACACCACUUUGGCUCUACGACAUUUCAAAUUGAAGUACUCAAAACUCCCUUCGCAUUUCCUCAAGAAAUAUGCUCGCUUGCUGGUUUGGGCCGAGGAGGAGUUGGUCAUGGUUUAUGAACUCUACGAACUACAGGCACAGCUCGCAAGAAUUCCACUAGAAGAUUUGGCCACUCUAAGUAGGGGCUCACGAUGGCAGGCAAGAGUUGCUGGAUCGUACUGUCUGGAAUUGAAGAGAACUUGCAAAGAGAAGCAACUGCCGUCGCAGUUGACAGAAAACCUUCUACAGGCCCUUAUCAAAUUCUGCGCUAAUUCCCUAGCAAGAACUCGGGCCGCUGAUGCUUUAAUAUCAGGGUCAGGACAGCGGUUUUUCAAGAAGGAUUUUACAAUGGAGGAUUACGUCGAGAUCAAGAACCGACGGGUCUUGAAGAGCGGCGGUCCGCCUAGGAAGUCCAGCGCUUCAUGA